AUGGCAAGAAGUGGGUUGAAAGCACAGUUGAAGAGCCAGCAGCUUGUUGCUGCUAUCGAUAAGUCCAAGUCGAAACCCGUAAUAAAGGAACAGAACACUCCCCAGAAAAUAGUGAAGCCUACAUUGACUCCUAUUGAAUCUCCAAUUCCUAAGAAGAAGGGUAAGAAGGCCGCUGACGAUUAUGAAAGCACCACUUUGUCCAAGAAGGAACAGAGAAAGUUGAAGAAGAUGCAGCAGGAGAUCGAAGAAGAAGAAGAUGAAGAAGAAGAAGAAGAAGAGGAGGAAGAAGAGGAAGAUGAGGAGGAAGAGUUGGACUUGGAAAGAUUAGCUGCCAGUGAAAGCGAAAGUGACAUAAAUGAUGACGAAGAAGAAGAAGAUGAUGACGAUGACGACGAUGAAGAGGAAAAAGAAGAAGAUGAAGAUGAAGACGAUGACGAAGAAGAAGAAGAUAUUCCAUUGUCAGAUGUCGAAUACGACUCUGAUGCCGAUAUAGUUCCUCACACAAAACUCACGAUAAAUAACAUGGCUGCCUUGAAGGACUCGUUGGCCCGUAUCGAGUUGCCAUGGGCCAAGCAUGCAUUUACUGAACACCAAUCCAUUGUGUCUGCCGAAAAGACAGAAAGCGAGAUUAAAGAUAUCUAUGAUGACACUGAGAGAGAGUUGGCAUUUUACAAGCAAGGUUUGGAUGCCGUCACACAAGCCAGAGCUACACUUUUGAAGUUGAAAGUACCAUUUUCCAGACCCAUGGACUACUUUGCCGAGAUGGUCAAAAGUGACGAACACAUGGAUAAAUUGAAGAACAAAUUGUUGGCAGAAGCUGCCGAUAAGAAGGCAUCCGUAGAAGCUAAGAAGCAAAGACUGUUGAAGAAGUUUGGUAAACAGGUACAGAACGCUACUUUACAAGAAAGAGCCAAGCAGAAGAGAGAGACAUUGGACAAGAUCAAGUCGUUGAAGAAGAAGAGAGGCGCCAACGAGUUAUCCAACGACGACGACUUCCAGAUCGCCUUGGAAGAAGCCACCAGAGAAGACAAGUUUGGUGACAACAAGAGAAGAAAGCCAAAUACUAAGAGAAUGGCCAAGGACUCGAAGUAUGGCAGUGGAGGUAAGAAGAGAGGAAUGAGGAAGAACGAUGCUGCAUCCUCAGCUGAUGUCAGUGGCUUUUCGUCCAAGAAGAUGAAGGGCAAGCAGUCCAGACCCGGCAAGAGCAAGCGUUCGAGAAGAAACUAG